ACUCGCGACAGUCGCGAAAAACUGCGACAGCUCGCCGCACAGUGUCGCCGAAUGCGAUGUAUCGCGCCAAACGCGCCACGCUUGUUACCGAUUUCGACAGCGAAGAGUACGACGACGACGAACGUUUGAGCAAUGACAACGACUCGCGACAGUCGCAAAAAAACUGCGACAACUCGCUGCACAGUAUCGCCGAUGUAUCGCGCCAAACGCGCCACGCUUGCUACCGAUUUCGACAGCGUCGAAGAGUACGACGACGACGAACGUUCGAGCAAUGAUAUCAGCGAUUACGGAAACAAUAACAGCGGCAGCAGCAGCGAUGUAUCCACAUCGCGUGACAUGGAAUCGUGUCGCCUACACGAAUUCGGGAAAUUCGAGGACAACCACGGAUGGAUUCAGUGCCGGUCCAAAAGCUUUCCCAACCGCAUAUAUUACUACAACACGCGGAGCGGGUGUAACACGUGGUACAGGCCUGUCUCGCGUUACGUCGACGUUCCAUCUACCGCUAGCAAAAGGGCAAAUUGCAUGGGCGAUCCCUUGGAGUCGGCGAGCCAUUUGGAACUGAUGUCAGUAUCAGACGACGAGAAAGAGCGGAAACGAAUUCCCGCUGAUAAUGACCAAUCGUUGAUCGAUACUUCGGAUAUCAUCGCGCAAUAUUAUUACACCGUCCAUAUGAUGGACCUGAUUCCGAGCAUGGAUGACUCGACCGACGUGAGAUUCAAGAUGCCACUAAUCAAACAAGAAGAAAAAGAAGAAGAAGAGAGCGAACAUUUCGGGAUGCCACUAAUCAAACAAAACGAGGAGGAAGAAAAAGAGGAAGCGGAUAUGUCGUACAACGACGAGAACAACAAUGUAGACGAUAUGAAAUCGUCGGAUUGCUCGUCUUUGUGUGCUGCAAAUUUCGUCAACACCGAACUUCUCUUGGAGGGUGACGCGGUGGACACCAAGCCGAUCAACCGGCUGGCCAGCUCUUGUCUAUCUAAAGAAACCGUCCGCGACGCAAGACGCGUCGUGUACAACGUACCGCGUCUGAAGAGGAUCAGCUUCGAGAAUCAGCUGGUCAAACCGCGUAGAACGUGCGUCCCCAAAAGCCAGAAGACCCCGGGACCCAAGAAGAUCAUCUACGAUAUGUAUGGCGUGCGGACCGUCAACUACGAUCCGCCCAACCUGGGCGAUAUAUGCGCGACAAUGGGGGUGAAAAUGUCAACGUUAAGUGGCAGCGACAGUGACAACGACAACGACCUAGCGAACGCGUCAUCCUCGCUGUCGCGACGCGCGGAAACCACGUUCAAGUCCAAGUGGCGCGAUAUAGAAAAGGACAUUCGUCAACCGUUAUUGAGCGACUCGAGUUCCAGUUCGUCGUCACGGUCCAGCACGAGCCCAAGCAGCAGCAGCAGCAGCACCACCAGCUCCAGUUCUGAGUCCAGUUCCGGGUCCAGCUCCUGCUCGUGUUCCUCGUGCAGUAGAAAAGGAGCUUGACUUUGCCAAACGAAACGUUAAAAGGCUUUUUUUUAAUACAUAAGCGCACAUGCACAGGAUGCCUUCAAUCGAUAGUGUUUCUUUAGAUAAUUUUAUUUUCAGAUUGUUUUGACGACUUUUAUCAGAAGAUUUUUUUAAGAUUAUUAUUUUCAGUAUUGCGUUUUACGCGUGAUUAAAGAGCAAUUGAUAUCUAGUAUUUUUGUUAGAUUUUUUUCGUUUUAUACAUAUAUAUAUAUAUAUAUAUCUAGUUAUACAAUUACUAAUAUUUAAGUUUUGUUUCUUUUGGCAAUCGACACAUUUCUUUUUUGCCACGAUGUGCGAAUGCAUAUAAAAACAUUGGGGCACCGAAAAAUAAUGUUUUCAUAAAUAAUAUAAGCAGAGAGUGUAUAGGUUUGUUAAUAUAAAAAUUAUUAUUCAAUAAUAUAAUCGACAUUAUUUUCUGUAAUGGUUUCGUUCACUUAUUGAUUCUUUUCUCAAAGAAAUGAAUUAGCUUCGACUCUAAAAAUAUGACGAUUCGAAUUUCUUUACUCUUACAAAACUUUUUCCUUGUAAUAAAUGUUUUCGGUGACUGAAAAAGACGAUUAUUCGAUGAGAGACAGAAGGAGGUACUUCUCACUUCUAAUUUUCCAAUUUCUUAUUGCAUCUGUGAUCAAUCAAUAGUAAUUAUAUUAUUGAACAAAUAAUAAGUUAUAUUAACAAUACUAUAUAAUGUUUACAUAAAACGACAUUACUUUCUGGUCUCCCUAAUAAAAUCGACUUGACUUACAUUUGUUUGUCUAAGAUAUCGUAAUCAGGACCAUUGUCAAAUUUUAUCUCAAAUUUAUUUAGAAAUUCAAAUAAAUCAGAAAUAUUCACGAAACUCUACUCAAAAUACCUUCCUUACCAUUUCGAGUAAUACGUUUGUAGUGCGAGAAAUACGGGGCACGAAAUAAAGCCUUGUUUAUUGCGUUCAUGGUCUAUCAUAGUAAUUAUAUUAUUGAACAAAUAAGUUAUAUUAACAAUACUAUAUACUGUUUACAUAAAACAACAUUACUUUCUGGUCUCCCUAAUAAAAUCGACUUGACUU